UCACUGACUGAAUGUCACAUUCAAUGUCAUAGUUGUCAAACAUGUGAUCGCGAAAGUUUUGCUUUGUUUUUAUUUAUUUGUGCUUAUUUGUUUAUGUUUUCGACAUGUCAUUGGUUUUGAGAAGAACGUAUUUAAAAGCCAAAAACAAUAUCCUGUCUUCCAGCAAUGGAAAUAUUUCGUUAUCUGGUUCAUUACUUACAUUUACGCCACGAACAUUCAGUGACGACAAAUCUGGCAAUAAUCCACAAUUCAGCAGUAGCACAAUAUUAAUAGAAAAUGGAUUUAAUGUUCAAGAACUUCCCGUAGCUAUCAAGAGGUUGAGAGAUCUCUCAGACAUCGAAGAGAAGCCAAACGAAGAACAAACAGCAAGUGCGCAUGACUCACUGAGCUAUCAGCUGAUCCAAGAGGAAUUCAAACAAUGCCUGGAUCUCCGGGAAGUAUUCUCUUUGCUUUCUAAAUGUACAAAAAUUACUCCAAAUAUUGCAUUAGGUGCCAUAGAACGAAUUUAUGAUAUUGAAAAAAAUCCAGAGUCAUUAAUUAUUGAUUCCAGAAGAAUGCACAUUAACUUGGCUAAAGGGGCAAUAUUAGACAAACUUCUCAGAGUGGUCAUGAAAACUGAAGACACACGUACCAUAUUAGCUAUAUUAAACACAGCUUCUUCUUUUAUGGAACCUUACAAAUAUAAAUUUCAUGAUGAGCUACUUCUCAGAGUAAUUGACAACAAGUUGACCAUUGAGCAAAUAUGCGAGUUUAUAACAUUUUUAAUAAAAAAUAAGGACGAUGGAAAGUAUUCAGAGACUAUUGACAAACUAUGGGUUGGCUUUGUGGCAAAAGAAAAUGAAAUAGAUGAAUCUAAUAUUGUACAAGUGUUUCGUAUCCUGCAUGGCUUGAAAGUGAGCAAGAGAAUUAUUUUGACACUACUGGAGCAAAAGCUAUGUGACUUGUGGUAUAAAGUCAAACCACCUGUUAUGCAAGACAUAUUGACCUCUUUUGUGCAAGAGAAAUAUUUAUCAGUACAAUCAUUUGGUGUUGUUGGCAGUUGGCUGUAUGCCAAUAUACAUGCCUUAGAUGAAGAUUCAAUGCUAGAUAUUAUUUCUAAGCUAACAAGGCUCAAAUAUACUGAUAGCCAAAUUGAGAAAGCUGUUGAAAAAUACAUGAAAUUUAAAGGUGAAAAGAUUGAGAGCUAUGUUCUCAUUGUUGGUAUUUUAAACUUUUGUAUGCAAUUCCAAAUUUACAAUGAACAGAUUUUAAAUUCAUGCAGUCAAUACUUCAUGCAUAACUGGCACAUAGUGCCUCCUAGUUUUCUCAGAUCAUUUAUAUAUCCAUAUGGUUAUCUUCACUUUGAUCCUGAAAAUAGUUUGGCAUUCUGGACUGCUGUAGAUAAAGUAUUAAAUGAAAGAUUUGAUAAAAUUAGUUGUAAUGAUCUUAGUUCAAUAUUAUUGUCAUUAAUUUAUUUAGGUAAAUAUCCUUCUACAUUAGUAUCCAGAAUGCUAAGCCCGGAGUACCUGACAAAAGUGAAAAACCCUGAUAUGUUACAAAGAUUUUAUUUAAUUGAUACUGCAAUGACACUUGAAUAUGAGAAGUACUCUGGUCCUUUGUUGCCAAAAAAUCAAUGGUCGAAACCAAUUUCUCAAGAUUAUAGAGUUAAAAAUAUUUUGGAAAAAAUAAUGGAUACUUUGGUAAAUAUAGCAGGAGGUCAAGAUAAAUUAUCUGUUUCUGUGUCAAUACCAUAUUUGCCUUCUGAUGAGACAUACUUGUUGGAUGUUAUGUUACACUCUGUUGGUUUGGGAAGCAAAACAUUUAACUGGAAAUCCAAAACCGAGCGAAAUGAAAAUAUUGCUAUCUUAAUUCAUUUGCCUGAUCAUUACUGUUCUGAUAAUGAACAUUUAAUUGGUCCACAAGUCAUGAAAAAAACACAUUUAAAAAUUUUAGGAAUGAAAGUUGUGAGCCUUAAAUAUUCUUUACUUAGUCAAUUUUAUACAUCAUACAAUAAAAAUGGGUUGAGAGAUUAUUUGAUUGAGAGCAUCAAAAAUGCAGAACAAUGCAUGACAGUCAAUUAGAAACAAGUGUAUGUUAAAUACCAAUAUUGGUAGUGAUAUCUUUGCAGUGUUCAUGAACAUAAUUAUGUUAAUAAAUAUUUGAAAAAUAAGGCCUAUAAUAAGGACUAAACAAAUUAUUUUUCUAGUCUUAAGGUUAAAGGCCUAAUAUCAUUUAGUUUGUAGAAUUGGGGAACCGCAUUGAGUUACACCAUGUGUCAUGUUCCAUAAAACAUUUCAGAAGUUUUACCAUAAAAAGAUUUUAAA